AUGGAUAUUUAAAAGUUGAUUAACUUAAUUUUGAAUACUGCCAACUCACAAUUGGGAAAACAAGAUUUUGAAUUAGUAUAAUAGGUCCUAAAUUUGACCAAUUAGGAAUUUGAAGAUAAGAUUAUCAGAUUCUAAGGAACAGGAUUUAGAACUGUUUGUUCUGCUCAUCUUCCUAAAAAUGCUUUGUUUUACAGAUGUUUUGAUUGUAGCAAAGAGCCUACUCAUAUAUAUUGCUAAGAAUGCUGCAUUCCACAAUAACAUUAGAGUAUUAUUAUUAUUUUACAUAAGAUCAUGUAGUGACAUAUCAUUACGCAAAUAUAGGAUGUUGUGAUUGUGGAGAUGUAGUUAAGAUAAAUAUUUUAUAAAUUAAUAAUAUUUAUUAAUUCUACAUUGAUUUUGAAAAAGAGCUCCUUUUGAAAUAGACAUUCAUAAUAACAAUUAGAAACACCAAUUCCUGAAUAAUUAUUUGGAGGUACUAAAUUAUAUAAUCUACAUAGAAAAUUUGGUAGAGAGAUUUAGAUAUUUUAUAAUGGUGUCAUUUGAACUGUUGUUUGAACAGACCUAAAAAGUUGCUGAUUAUACCAGUAAAACGAUGUAGCAGUUCUAAGAUGCCAUCUAAAUUUUGA